AGUGGAACAUGUCAAAAGGGCAUUUAAGUAACAAGGAUCAAACUCUUCCCACAGAGACAAACGUUCUUAUCCGAUUCAACUCGUGUUCGUUCGUUGCUACCUGGAAAUUAAAGAGAGUAUACUUGAAGUUGUAAAUGGCACACUCUCUGAGUUUUGCACCUUUUUGUUCCUUCAAAUCCUCGUGCACACCAGGCACAGUUACCGGUAAUUCGGUUGCCCAGAAGGCUUUUUGGAUAACCGAAGCAUGCGACGGUUCCAAAGCUCGAAACUUUCAGUCUUUGAAGGUUAAGGCUACUGAUGAUAAACCAAGCACCAAAACAAAGAGUAUCGUUUGUCCUGAUUGUGACGGAAAUGGUGCAAUAUCAUGCACUCAAUGCAAAGGUACUGGAGUUAAUUCUGUGGAUCACUUCAAUGGACAAUUUAAAGCUGGUGGAUUGUGUUGGCUAUGCAGGGUUCUUCACGUGCUUCUAUACAAUUCAAUGGUUGAACUGGGAAAAAGGGACAUAUUGUGUGGAAGUUGUAAUGGAGCUGGCUUUGUUGGAGGAUUCAUGAGCACAUUUGAUGAUUAGAAUAUCUACCAGAUUGGAUAUUUUAAGAAUGGUUUUGUUAUAUCUAAAGAAAAAAGGAGAGUAGAUUUAGUUUUGAGUGAUUAAUGUUAUACUUUGCCAUUUUUUUUGGUAAAUGUAAGAUUUUUUUACAUUAAUUAUUGUUGCAUGAUGUUUUCUAUUUAUUGUUUCA